ACAUUCACAAGUUUCGGACCGCCGGUGUCACUGUUGACUAACCGAUCCGAUCUAAGUUCCAAUCCGGCGUCGGCUUCUUACCGUCGUGAACCAGAAUGGCAAUUGCUGCUCAAGCUCCUGAUAUUCAAGGCGAACGUCAAUAUGGCCAAGACGUUCGCACACAGAAUGAUGCUUGUUGAUGAUAGUGGUGAUGUAACAAUUACCAAUGAUGAUGUUACAAUUCUCAAAAUUCUAAUUUCUAUGAGGCCACAGCCACAGGUAUUGGUGGAGUUGGUUGAGCUUCAAGACAGAGAAGUUGGUGAUGGUACCACAUCAGUUGUAAUUGUAGCUGCAGAAUUAGUGAAGAGAGCAAAUGAUCUAGUGAGAAAUAAAAUUCAUCCAACAUCUAUAAUCGGUGGGUACAGAAUUGCUUCGAGGGAAGCACACCGAUAAGUUAAUGGGAAAUCAGCAGUGAGGGUUGUAGAUGCGGUUCAAGCAGUGAGGAUAACAAAUGCAUGAGGGGAAAUCAAAUACCCAAUCAAGGGAAUUAAUAUUUUGAAAGCUC